CAUAUGAUUCACGGCUCAAGGGCUGCACACAAGUUUCAUAUCCGCACGUGUGCGUCCAUCUAACAUCGCACCCGCUUCGGUCAAGAAAAAGGAAAGAAUCGACCCUCUUCGGUUGACGUGCAAGGGAAGUAGAGAGGGAGGUUCUUAUUAUUUAAAUCCUUCGGAAAAUCUAGAAGGCGUUUAACGGGGAAGAAGAGGGCCGUGGUGCGCAUUUUAGCAAAAGCAGCGCACCAGAUUUUGAAGAUUCCCAUCUUCUUUAAUGCCGCCUGUUGUCAAAGAAGUGAAUAACUCCUUCCACUUUCCAUCCUCUCCGUUUCAGGAGGACGCUCCCACCUCUGUUCCCAACUGAUCCUCCUUCGCGUCGGACAGAUUAAAAAACAUCUGAAUAUCAGAGAGAGAGAGAGAGAGGGCUUCGGCCGUCCUCUUGUUCGGCGGUUAUGCUUCGUCGGAGAGCGAUGACGUGGCAGCGGGUAGCGAAGUCUGUACAGGCGCUUGCUGCCCAUGGCUUGCUCUUCUCCUUCACUCUUCUGCUCGUGCUCAAGCUCGAUCGAGCUGUCUCGUACUCGUGGUGGAUCAUUUUUUCCCCGCUAUGGCUAUUUCACAUAGUCGUUGCACGAGGCAGAUUCUCUUUACCUGCUCCAUCAUUACCCCAUGAUCGCCAUUGGGCUCCCUGUCAUGCUGUUGUUGCCACACCAUUGCUCGUUGCAUUUGAACUACUCUUGUGUAUACAUCUCGAAAGCAUAUACGUUCACGGCUAUCAAGCCGUAAACUUGAAGAUUGUCUUCCUUCCGCUGUUGGCAUUUGAAGUAAUCAUUUUGGUCGACAAUUUCAGGAUGUGUAGAGCUCUAAUGCCUGGAGAUGAUGAAAGCAUGAGUGAUGAGGCUAUAUGGGAGACACUUCCUCAUUUUUGGGUUGCAAUCUCCAUGGUGUUUUUCGUUGCUGCUACAACGUUCACACUUCUGAAGCUAUGUGGUGAUGUAGGUGCCUUAGGUUGGUGGGAUUUAUUUAUAAAUUUUGGCAUCGCAGAGUGCUUUGCCUUUCUUGUUUGCACAAAGUGGUUUAAUCCAGUGAUCCACAGACAAUCUCGUGAUAGAGAGGCAGGAUCAUCUUCUACAAGUAUCAGAUAUCUUGACUGGAACCGUGGUCUGGUGGUUUCCUCAGAGGAGGAUCAGGACCAGGGUAGGAUGUGUGGCCUGCAGGAUCUUGGAGGUCAUAUUAUGAAAAUUCCAGUGAUUUCUUUCCAAGUCCUCCUUUGCAUGCGCUUAGAGGGAACACCUGCUGCUGCUCGACAUAUCCCUGUCCCUCUUCUUUUUUCUCCACUUUUCCUUUUGCAAGGUGCUGGAGUCUUGUUUUCUAUGGCAAGAUUGGUGGAGAAGAUUGUCCUUUUAUUACGUAGUGGAGCUGGUACAGGAAGAUACCUUAUGAUAUCUUCAGGAGCACGUGAUUGCUUUGGGUUUUUGCAUCAUGGUUCAAGGCUCCUGGGUUGGUGGUCAAUUGAUGAAGGAAGUAAAGAGGAACAAGCCCGUCUUUUCCAUGGUGGGUCAACUGGAUAUAACACUUUCUGUGGUUAUCCACCUGAGGUAGUGAAGAAAAUGCCUAAAAAGGAUCUUGCAGAGGAGGUUUGGAGACUACAAGCAGCUCUUGGGGAGCAAGCAGAAAUCACAAAAUAUACCCAGCAGGAGUAUGAAAGACUUCAAAAUGAAAAGGUCCUGUGUAGAGUUUGUUUCGAGGGGGAGAUAUGCACGGUACUGCUUCCAUGUAGGCAUCGUGUUCUUUGCAGUGUCUGCUCGGAGAAGUGUAAAAGAUGCCCCAUCUGCCGAGUCUCCAUCGAGGAGCGGUUGCCUGUAUAUGAUGUAUAGACUCCGACUAUUACCAUCUUGGGUUUCCUUCUAACACAGCAGCACAAAUGGGGCUGUAGAAGGCCUCUCUAUGUACAAAAUUCAAAAAUCAUCUCCUGCCCUCCUUUCUAACUCAAGGUCUCAACAUCUAUGAGUUAACAUUAACGUUAAGACUGUUGUUUCAUUGUUGAAUUUAACAGAAAGAGUGAAGGGAAUGGCAUUAUACACACCAUUCAGCAGUAAAACAAAUUUGGUGUC